AAAAAACCCUAGAAAGCCCCACAAUCUCUUCGCUCUGUUUCUUCUUCCUUCUACGCCAUUGAUUUCCAUUCAUAAAAUUUGUGUUAAACGAAAAAAACAAAGAAAGAAAAAGAAGAAAAAAAACACAACACAUUUUCUUUUAUCUCUUCCAAAUUCCAUUUUCUUCUUCUGUUUCUUCUCUCUUCUUCCUUUGUUUUCAGGUUACAGCGAACGAGUUGAGCCACUGAUUUCGGGGGCCCAUUUUUGUUCUUUUUUAAUUAACUUUUUUCUUUGGAAGUUGUAAUAUUUAAGAGUUUUUCUGUUGUGGGUUUUCUUGAAUGGUUGCUGUAAUUUUUCCCUUUUAAUCUCUAAUGGUGGGUUUUGUUUUAUGGAAUUAGGGUUACAAUUUUCCUUUCAUUUCCUCAUCUAAGGGUUUCUUCGCCUCUGUUUUUCUUUUCCUCUUCGCAAAGUCAAGCCAAAUACUUUCGUUUGAAAUUUGAGUUUUGAAUUUAGCGGGAUGUCUUCCAAAUCGAAAUAUUCAAUUCUCGACAAUCGACCGAUUGAUCAGUGGAAGGUUACGGAGUUGAAAGAGGAACUUAAGAGAAGGAAAUUGACCAUCAAGGGGUUGAAGGAAGAUUUGGUUAAACGGUUAGAUGAAGCAGUUCGAAUGGAAAGGGAAGAAAAUGCUGAGGAAACCAAUGGUGUUGAUGGUGACCCUCCAGUUACAAAUAGUGACAAUAACCAAGAGCAUGCAUCUAUUGUUUCUGGAACGGCGAAAGAAACUAAUGAAGAUACUAACAUCACAGAUAAUGUAGAUGAUGUUGGAGUUCAGGUUGAAAAGGAUGAUAGUAAUGCAGCUGUGAAGGAAGGUGGAAUUCAAGAUGGGGCUGGUCUUAAUGGUUCCCCCAGGGUAGAAGAGGGAUCGUCCGUCCGUGUUUCUACUGUGGAAACUAAAACUACUGUAACUGAAACCGUAGUAUCUGAAGUAGCAAUAGGUGUGGGUGUGGAAGGUUUGCAGAACACUGAAAGCAAGGAUAACGAGGAUAGGCUCGAGCUGGAUAGUGAGGAUUCAAAGCCCCAGCUGGAUAGUGAGGAAUCAAAGCCCCACAUGGUUAGUGAGGAGUCAAAGCCUCAACUGGUUAGUGAGGGUUCAAAGCCACAGCUUGAUAGUGAGGAUUCAAAGCCCCUGCUUGAUGAUGUGAAUAUGGAGCUCCAGGUGGAGAAUGAGUAUUUGAAGUCUCAACAGGCAGAUCUCGUGCACGACUCUUCUGCUCCAGACGACCAGGUAUCUGAGGUCAGCCCUGUUUUAGGGUCUCAAGUAAGAACUGAUUCUAUUUCUACUGCUUCUGUGACAAUUAAUGAAAUGAUUGAACUAAAGGAAAAUAUGUCUGCUGAUCAUGUAAAAUUAGAACUAGAUGUUAAGCAGGAGAUGGUGGAACCAUCAUCCAGCAUUAUUGUCCCAGAUGCUGGCGAAUCACAUCCUAUGGAUGUUGAAGAGCCACAUGUGAACAAGAAUGUUCAAGAGUCACUUGCAAACAGAGAUGUUCUGGAGUCACCUGAGAACAAAGAUGUUAUGGACUCUAUUGUGAAAGAAGAUGUUGAGAAGAAAGAAGAUGUUAAGGACAUAAUUUCUGAGCUUCAUGAGAAGCAUGAUGGUGUAGAUGUGGGGUUCUCUGAAAAGCUUAAUUUAGAUAGAAGUUCUGGGGAUGAUUCAAUAGAAGAUACAACAGAGAAUAAGACUGAUUCAGUGAAUAAUCUUGAAGAAAUGGGAGAGAAGAAUGUAAAAAAUGAGGGCCUUAUGUCCCAAGAGGAAAAGGUUGUUGACAUAGCAAUGCGAGGCUCAACUGGAGACAGAAAGAGUAUUGGUAUAGAGAAUGACGUUACAUCUUUGCCUGCUGAAAAAAGAAGGCUUCAUUUAUUGAUUCAAUUGAAGAACAGUUUACUGCAUUGGAUUUCCUUCAAAUUUAAAAUCAAUUGUCUUUGUUUUGUUUUGUCUGAUGAGGUUAUUUUUGCAGAUCAAGCAGUGGUUGGAAAUGAGUCCGUGAAGAGACAGCGUAGGUGGAAUUCUGAGAACCUCAAAAUUCCAGAGCCCCAAAAUGCUGCUCAUACAUCGACUAGUAAUUCAAAGGACAUUCAUCAAUCCACUGCUCCAAAACGCAACUUCUCCAGAUCUGACUCCACAGCUAGUGAAGAUCCAUCAAAGGAACGUGUUGUUCCACCAUCACCAAAACCUCCCACAAACUCACUAAGAAUUGAUCGUUUUCUGCGUCCAUUUACCCUCAAAGCUGUGCAAGAACUUCUGGGUAAGACUGGCAAUGUUACCAGUUUCUGGAUGGAUCACAUCAAGACGCAUUGCUAUGUAACUUACUCGUCGGUGGAAGAAGCCCUGAAGACUAGAGAUGCUGUUUACAACCUUCAAUGGCCACCAAAUGGUGGGCGUCUUCUUAUAGCUGAGUUUGUUGAUCCUCAAGAAGUAAAAACUCGAGUAGAAGCUCCACAGACUCCUACACCUGCGGUGGUUGCUCCACCAGUCUCUAACGUGCCCCCACCCGUGCAACCCGAGCCUUCGCCUCGUCAACCAAGGCAGCAACAUGCUCCGCCGCCUUCUCUUCCACCACCCCCGCCCACACCCACACCCACACCCACACCCACACCCACAAACAACGUUGCUCAAGCAAGGGAGCAGCUACCACUCCCACCUCCACCUGCACUUCCCGAUAAAGUCGACACUCCUAUUGUCACCUUAGACGACCUUUUCAGGAAAACCAAGGCUACUCCUCGCAUUUACUAUUUACCUUUAUCAGACGAACAGGUGCAGAUAAAACAUACAGCAUCAGCAAGGGGAAAAGACAUUAAGCAGUAAGUUGAGACAAUGCCCGUGAUGAUUAAGUGUUGUGUCGUGCCUGCUGCUUGAUGUGCCCCUUGUGGAUUCCUUAGCGAGUUUAGAUUUUGGAAAAUUAAAAAGGCAUGGAGUGGCAUGUUCGAAUGUCUUGAGUGCUUGCAGGGAGGAAUUUAUCUCUGCUGAGCUGAAAAUGAUGGACGGGUUUUGGAAUAGAAUCCAAUGGGUAGGUUUUUUCUUGCAUAUUAAUUAGGAUAUUGAGAUUGACUUCUAAAAGAAGAGGAUUACUUUGUAUUUUGGUUAUGUAAUCAUGUUUUCCUGUGGGUACAAAAAAACCUAUAAUGAGUUAGCUUUGUAGUAUGAUUCAUAUGAUGCCUUCUUCAAAUUUCAUGACACUAACUACUUCGGAUCUGAUUAACCACCGUGCUUUUGACUUUGUUAUAGAUGGACACAUUUCUUCUUGCUUA